CAAGCUCAGGGCAGCUGCAGGUGCACCAAAGCGUCCAGCCGCCAUGCUCCCUGCAAACCUCUCUGCCUGCUCUCGGUGACCCCUCUCAGCUGUGCUCUGGGUCCCAAUAAAAUUCUCUCGAGUGUAUUUUUUUUUCUGUAGAUCUGUCAAAAUCUCGUCCACGGUAUUGUUCUCUUAAGCAGCGGUUCAGCCGUGGGGGAGGAAGAGUAGAGUGUGCAGACUCAGUUCGGGGGCUGCGGGGAAGGCUUCCCGUGGGCCAAGGUGGGAAUUUGUGGGAUGACCUAAUGGGGCUGAAAAAUUGAAGCCGGGGUGUUCGGGGGGAAACGUGGGAAUUUGGUGAUGGGCCCGUGGUAAGAGGGAUCCACGCGGCUGGGACUGUAGAUGAAAUGAACUAGCUUUGAAGAAUGAGCUUUCCCGGUAGGUUUCUCCAGAUUUUCUUGACUUUUAUCACCAAGAGAAAUUAAUGUUUAACCAGCCCUGGAGGCUGGGAAAGCAAGGACAGGGAGCCAUUUGGAUCUCAAGCUACAAAGAGUGACCUGUCGGAACACUGCUUGGCCACGUUUUCCUCAACCCCCAGAACGAGAGAGUCUCCUGAGGGAGAACAGACUCAGAAGGAAGUAGGAUUCCCAGCAAGGAGAGGAGAGAGAAGAGGGAGCGAGCGAGCAAGCACCGCGGGGCUGCCUGUUCUGCCUCUGAAGAAUACCGACCACCAUGAACUCAGGUGAAUUCCGAAGGAGAGGGAAGGAGAUGGUGGAUUUCGUGGCUGACUACUUGGACGGCAUCGAGGGGCGCCAGGUCUACCCCGACGUGGAGCCCGGCUACUUGCGGCCCCUGAUCCCCACCUCUGCCCCUGAGGAGCCCGACAUGUUUGAGGACAUCCUCAACGAUGUGGAGAAGAUAAUCAUGCCGGGGGCCGCAAGUCCGGCGUGCACAGAGCUGGAGACGGUGAUGAUGGACUGGCUGGGGAAGAUGCUGAAGCUGCCAGAGGCAUUUUUGGCCGGACAAGUGGGAGAAGGGGGUGGAGUGAUCCAGGGAAGUGCCAGUGAGGCCACGCUGAUGGCCUUGCUGGCCGCUCGGACCAAGGUGGUACGCCGCCUCCAGGCCGCCUCCCCAGGGCUGACGCAGGGCGCCAUCAUGGAGAAGCUAGUGGCCUACUCAUCGGAUCAGGCUCACUCGUCGGUGGAAAGAGCCGGAUUAAUUGGAAGCGUGAAACUAAAAGUGAUCCCUUCGGAUGGCAAGUUUGCCAUGCGCGCUUCCGCCCUGCAGGAGGCCCUGGAGAGAGACAAGGCGGAGGGCCUGAUCCCUUUCUUUGUGGUGGCUACGUUGGGGACCACGUCCUGCUGCUCGUUUGACAAUCUCCUAGAAGUUGGUCCUAUCUGUAACGAGGAGAACAUGUGGCUACACAUUGAUGCUGCGUACGCGGGCAGCUCCUUCAUCUGCCCUGAGUUCCGGCAUCUUCUGAAUGGAGUAGAGUUUGCAGACUCGUUUAACUUCAAUCCUCACAAAUGGCUGUUGGUGAAUUUCGACUGCUCGGCGAUGUGGGUGAAGAAGAGGACAGACCUGAUAGGGGCCUUUAAGCUGGACCCCCUCUACCUGAAGCACAGCCAUCAGGACUCAGGGCUUAUCACCGACUACAGGCACUGGCAGUUGCCUCUGGGCCGGAGGUUUCGCUCUUUGAAGAUGUGGUUUGUUUUUAGGAUGUAUGGAGUCAAGGGACUACAGGCCCAUAUCCGCAAGCACGUCCGGCUGGCUCACGAGUUUGAGUGUUUGGUGCGCCAGGAUCCCCGCUUUGAAAUCUGUGCAGAAGUCACUCUGGGGCUGGUCUGUUUUCGGCUAAAGGGUUCCAACAAACUGAACGAGGACCUUCUGGAAAGGAUCAACAGUACCAGGAAAAUCCACCUGGUCCCCUGUCACCUCAGAGACAAGUUCGUGCUGCGAUUUGCCAUCUGCUCCCGCUUCGUGGAGCUCACCCACGUGCAGCGGAGCUGGGAGCACAUCAGACAGCUGACCACCGACCUGCUGAGAGCGGAGAAGGACUAGACUCCCGAGCUGCAGGGAAGCUGCUUCCGAGAUCAGAAGUUGAAAAGAACUCUAUCUGAACACUGGAAAGAGGAGGCAAUAAACAUUAUUCAGGCUCCGAGGACCCAAGUCUGCAUGUGACCUCACCCUUCUUUCUGUGAAGUUCUCCAGAAGCUCGUGAUUAUAUCUGUUCACUCUCGUACCAAUGAAAAAACGUGACUCACUACAAUGCCGGUGCAUGUAGCUUUUAUUCAUUAUUCAUCUGUGACUUUUGUUGAUUAAGAAAUCAUAGGUUUUCGUGCUCUUGAAGUCGUCAGUGGUGGGAGAGGCUUACUGAGAUUUUUCCAGGAUAUUCUAGGAUUGUGGGACUUGAGAUUAUACCCAUGGUCUUUAAAUUGUUCUGUCAUGUGGCUCAAUGCUUAAUAAACUAUUUGCAGU